UAAGAAAAAAAUUGUCUGGAAGGGGGAGUUCUUGUUCAGAGGUAGCUCUAUUCUAUGGAAAUUAAAUUUUAUUGUGGAUUUGGCGACAGUUCUUUUGGAGAGACCGCCGAGGGCGGAACGGCUUAAAACCACAUUUGUAUUCGGAAGGGGUGGAUAUGGAGGUGGGAAUAUGAUCUAAAAUUAUGCAUCUCCAGACUUCGAGGUUCUAGAAGUUAGCAUCUCUGCGAUCAAGACUGGUUCGUAAACAAAUGAAUGGACAGAAGCUCCCUAUAUUUGCGACUGGUCGAUGAAACGAUUUUAGGGUAGAGGACCACCUUACGAAAAAAAUUACUUAGCUGUUUAGCUUUUCUGUUGCCGCUUCUUUCUAAAUUUAUCGUAUUACUUUGCAACUUUUACCAGUUUGUAAUGCCCCGGACCACUUACUCUAUUGGGUGAAAUAUUAGCUGCUAAGUUUUUCCAUGAUACAGCCAUGGUCGAAUACCAGCUGUAGUACGCCCAGUUUGGUUUUACUCACAAAUAACACAUAUUUAUGUUACAGUCGAUCCUGUAUAAAUCGGUUACCCACGGGGAAUAAAUGAGAUAAUUUUCUGAAGGAAUUGUGCUGCUGCUUCGUUUAUUCGCUUUGACAAAGGUCCAACGCUCGAAAUGUUAGCUUUCAAACUCUUUACGGUGGUAACUCGGUUGAUAAUACAAAAUUACCCUUUUAUACCCACGGGGAAUAGCGAGAUGACCGGGUCGGACCGGUGAUACAGGGUGACCGCUUAAAACAGGUUCCACAGAUUAAAAGUGUUAUAAAAAACGAUAAAUAGUGCCACCAUAUGCUAUAAUUGAUCACCUAGUGUACAGAAACAAAAAUUAUUGAAAGGUUAUUCGGCUUAAGUGACCGUUCAACACAAGUGAAAGACAAAACAAACAGGCCGUUGGGAGUUAGAGAAGGGUGACUGCGACCGCUUAAUAUAGGUGACCACUUAAUAGAGAUGAAAAUUAAAAAUUGAAACAAAUUCGGGAUUUACGCAACCGACCGCUUAAAAUAGGGUGAUCACUUAUUACGGUGCUGCUUAAUACAGGUUCGACUGUAGUUUCGUUAUCAAGUGUCCUUUCACGUAUGCCCAAACUUUCUUUAACCCAGAAGAUGGAAAUGACGACGAAAAAUUCGCUUUUAGACAUAUAAGCUGGGAGGGAACCAAAUCUUAGAAAAGCGCGAGGGAAGGGAAAUGAGCAACAGUUGUGAACUGAGAGGGUUUCCUCCCAGAUCCUUCAUUAAUUGUGAUGAGGGUAAAUGUCACGUGAUAUCCAUCCCAUAAUUCUGUGCUCUGUUAUGUCGGUCGGUGAAUUAGUCCUACUGAAACUGACCAUCUCGCUGAUACUUUACCCAUUUUUUACGAUUAUCAGGUUCCUUAGUACUUUAUAUAGACAACAGCUGGAUAAAAAUACAAUCUAGGGACGAAUUAGGGCCAUGGCGACGAAUAUGUACUUGGAACAUUACCUUGAUAGUAUUGAAAACCUGCCAUUUGAACUACAGAGGAACUUCACACUUAUGAGAGAACUUGAUCAAAGGACACAAGACCUUUCAAAGGAGAUUAACAGUAUGUCAGAAGAAUACAUGGCAAAUGUGCGUGGCAUGGAUGCUGCAAAAAGGACAUUACAUUUGAAGAAAAUUGAAAAUGCUUUUGUCAAGAGUCGGGAAUAUGGGGAUGAUAAAGUUCAGCUUGCUAUGCAAACUUAUGAAAUGGUUGAUAAACACAUUCGUAAACUGGAUGCUGACUUGGCAAGGUUUGAAUCAGAUCUCAAGGAGCAACAUGCCAAGGAAGCGGGCUACUCAGAUUAUGAAAGUGAAUCACCAACACCAAAGCGCAAAAGCAAGUCAGGUGGAAGGAACAGAGGAGGAGGAAGGAAAAAACAAGAUACUUCUGAGUCUGCAAGGAAAAAGAAAAAAGUUGAAUCUGAAGGUCCUAAGUCACUUGCAGUAGCUGUCUCUCUCUUGGCACCUGAGGUUCAAGUGCUUGAUAUGCCAGUUGACCCUAAUGAGCCAACAUACUGUCUGUGUCAUCAGGUUUCAUAUGGUGAAAUGAUAGGCUGUGAUAACACAGAGUGCCCAAUAGAAUGGUUUCACUUCCCGUGUGUAGGACUGACAUCAAAGCCAAAAGGAAAAUGGUAUUGUCCAAAAUGUGCACAAGAGAGAAAGAAGAAGUAACUAUGGCAUCAGUGACUAUGGCAUCAAAAGGGCUUAUAACCACUAACAACAUUGUUUGGGAACAAAGCAAGACAAGUAUGCCUGUUAUGGUCCAAAUCUCCCGGCACACAGUGAACGUUCGUCGUCAGUUGCGCAUGUGUGGUCAAACCCCUUAAUAAGAGAAUAUUGUAGCAAAGUGCCUUUGUAUUUAUAUUAUUACUGCACCUGUCAAUGACAUGCGACCUCUGGCUCUCUGAGCUAUUCUUACGAUGUCCCUUCAUUUAGCUGUCAAUCAUUACCGCAACUACUAUCGAAGUACAGAGGCAAACAAAAUGGAUCGAAAUCCACCGCUUACAAUUUAGGAAUGCAUUUUUUAUGACACAAAUACAAUUCCACAGACCGAAAAAACGUAGUAAAUUCAGGAGUGGCUUAUGUUGAAUGAUUGUACCAACUCGUGUAAAUAUUAUUUGUAGAUAUAAAUAUAAAGUUUACAUAAUAUUACG